AUGGCGUUCGCGCUGCUGCGCCCCGUCGGCGCGCACGUGCUGUACCCGGACGUGCGGCUGCUGAGCGAGGAUGAGGAGAACCGCAGCGAGAGCGACGCGUCGGACCAGUCGUUCGGCUGCUGCGAGGGCCUGGAGGCGGCGCGGCGCGGCCCGGGCCCCGGGGGCGGGCGGCGGGCGGGCGGCGGCCCGGGCCCCGUGGUGGUGGUGCGACAGCGGCAGGCGGCCAACGCGCGGGAGCGGGACCGCACGCAGAGCGUGAACACGGCCUUCGUCGCGCUGCGCACGCUCAUCCCCACCGAGCCGGUGGACCGAAAGCUGUCUAAGAUCGAGACACUGCGCCUUGCGUCCAGCUACAUCGCACACCUCGCCAACGUGCUGCUGCUGGGCGACGCGGCCGACGACGGGCAGCCGUGCUUCCGUGCGGCCGGCAGUGCCAAGAGCGCCGUCCCCGCCGCCGCUGCCGCCGACGGCGGCCGCCAGCCGCGCUCCAUCUGCACCUUCUGCCUCAGCAACCAGCGCAAGGGGGGUGGCCGUCGUGACCUGGGGGGCAGCUGCUUGAAGGUGAGGGGGGUGGCCCCCCUUCGAGGGCCACGGAGAUGA